UGUGGUGAGCACAAAGCGAACUAUUCUUUCGCCUUUUACUAAAGAAUACCGUGUGCUCUCCACGCUAAGUGGCAUACGCCUAUUUUUGGAGGGAUCUCACUUCACAGUGGGACCCAACAUUUACACUAGUCUGAAAUCUUAAUGACUCAAAACUCCGUUUGUUAGUUAUUGGGCCUUAAGUUUAAUGAGCUAACGGGCUUUAGGCUAAUUUAACGGAAUUGAAUUUAACCUGUAAGUUGGAUUUGUUAUUUGAGAGAAAGUUCAGCAUUGUAUCAACUUCCGGUUAUGACCGGUUGGUAUGAGUUUCCGGUUAUGAUCGGUUUUGUUUCAGGUGGGACGAAAUCCACUUCGUCAUACUGUAGUUGUUGUUGUUUCUGUUUUAAGAAUUUCUCCGGCGACUGACUAUGAACCUCUUCGUCAUCGUUUCAGCUGCCGUGUUCCUCCUUAUCUCCGUCGCGUAUCUUCCUUUGCUCAACGACUUAUAUUGGUCAACUCUCAAGUCUCUUACACCACCGGCUGGUAUCGUGGCGGAUUUGUUAGUGACCAAUGGAACAAUCUUCACCAGCGAUAGCUCUUUGCCUUUUGCCGAUUCCAUGGCGAUUCGUAAUGGCAGGAUUCUUAAAGUUGGAAGCUUUGCCACUCUCAAGGGUUUUAUAGGAGAUGGAACUAUGGAGGUGAAUCUGGAGGGGAAGAUUGUAGUGCCUGGACUUAUUGAUUCACAUGUUCAUCUGAUUUCUGGGGGAUUACAGGUGAUAAUGGCAUAGUGCAAACUUAUUUCUGUGUUCUUUCUUCUUGCAAUGAUAUGUAAUUAUGUAUAUUGUUAAGUUAACCUGAGAUUAGAUGAUUACAUGCCAUUGUUUGAUCAGGUUUAGAUAUGAAGAAGUAUACUAUACUCUCGUUUACCUUAUAUCUUUUCCUUUUGCUUUUAAUGUCUUAUCGCUUGAGCAUAGAUGGCCCAAGUUGGACUUCGUGGAGUGAGUCAAAAAGAUGAGUUUUGUAAAAUGGUGAAGGACGCUGUGCAGAGUAAUUAAUAUUUCAUUAUUAUAUGAACAAUCAUAUUGUGGUUACACUUCUUUAUUGGUGUCUGUUUUUAGUUAUGAUUUACAGUGUACAGUGUACAUUGAACAUUUUUUGCUUACGUUGGGGUUCUUAGUAGUGGGAGAGUAUUUAAAUUACUAUGCUGCUUUUAUAUGUGUAACAAAAAAAAAUUAGAUGCAAAAGAAGGCUCAUGGAUUUUGGGUGGUGGCUGGAACAAUGAUUUCUGGGGAGGAGAAUUGCCCUCUGCAUCAUGGAUUGAUGAAAUCUCCCCUCGUAAUCCUGUUUGGUUGAUUAGGAUGGAUGGUCAUAUGGCAUUGGCAAAUUCCCUUGCGCUCAAGAUUGCUGGUGUUAUAAGUUUAACGGAAGAUCCAGUUGGUGGAACGAUAAUGAGGAUGCCUAGUGGCGAGCCGACAGGACUUUUGAUCGAUGCUGCUAUGGAGCUUGUCACCCCCUGGGUUAAAGAAAUCUCAGUGGAUGAACGUAGGGAAGCACUAUUUAGAGCUAGCAAAUAUGCUUUGACUAGAGGCGUGACAACUGUUAUUGAUCUUGGAAGAUACUUUCCUGGCACCACAGAUGAGCUCUCCUGGAAAGACUUUCAAGAUGUCUAUCUAUAUGCUGAUUCCUCGAAGAAGAUGAUGAUACGGACUUGCUUGUUUUUUCCCAUCACAACGUGGUCACGUUUAUUGGAUCUUAAGCUGCAGAAGGGAUCUGUACUGAGUGAAUGGUUAUAUCUCGGUGGCGUCAAAGCAUUUAUUGAUGGCUCUCUAGGUUCCAACAGUGCACUUUUUUACGAGGAAUAUAUUGAUACACCUAAUAAUUAUGGGUUAGAAGUGAUGGAUCCUGAAAAACUUUCCAACUUCACAAUGGCAGCAGACAAAUCAGGGCUUCAGGUUGCUAUCCAUGCUAUAGGCGACAAAGCAAAUGACAUGAUCCUUGACAUGUACGAAUCCGUUGCUGCAGCCAAUGGAGACCGAGAUAGAAGAUUUAGGAUAGAGCAUGCCCAACAUUUGGCACCAGGAUCAGCCAACCGGUUCGGUCAACUUCACAUUGUUGCUUCAGUUCAGCCAGACCAUUUGCUUGAUGAUGCUGAUUCUGUUGCUAAGAAGCUCGGUUCUGAAAGAGCCGUAAAGGAGUCUUAUCUAUUCCAAUCUCUCUUAAAUGGCAAUGCACUCUUGGCACUUGGCUCAGACUGGCCUGUAUGUUUUCGAAAAUCUCUACACAUAUACAAUGUUUUUACAUAUAGUCAAACUUUGCUUCGUUUGUUUUCCCUCCAGGUAGCAGACAUUAACCCGUUGCACAGUAUCAGAACCGCGGUUAAAAGAAUACCUCCCAAGUGGGAUCACGCUUGGAUUCCAUCUGAACGCAUCUCUUUUACGGAUGCGCUGAUUGCGCAGACGAUAUCAGCGGCAAGAGCAGCGUUUUUGGAUCAUCACUUGGGGUCUUUAUCUCCAGGAAAACUAGCAGAUUUUGUCAUAUUGUCAACAAAUUCUUGGGAUGAGUUCUCAAAAGACGUUUCUGCAUCAGUGUUAGCAACGUAUGUAGGAGGAAAGCAAUUGUAUCCAUGAAUCAUGAUGAUGCAGUCUUUAUCUAAUUAAGAAACAAACUUUACACACUUAGAGUAUCUGAUCAUUUAUCUGUUUGUCUAGGCGUUAUCAAUGUACAUAUGUAUGACAUCUGGCUUAUCAAUUAGAUAUGCAUUUCAUAUUCAAGGAAAAUGUUUGGUGUGUCGGCCAAAGGAAAUAGGAAAAGGUGGUUGUUGGUAUUUGUAUUUAUUGGGAUGCAAAAAGGUAAUGUUGGUGAGUGGCCCAAGCACGAGCCAAUGUCAUGAA